AUGGGGUAUGGCGCGGAUCCGUCCGGCGUCGCCGCCGCCGCGAUCGCGUUUGCCGCGCGAGAACACCUCGACGUCGUGUUAAUCGAUACCGCCGGGCGAAUGCAAGAUCACGAACCCCGCAUGCGCGCCCUCGCGAAGCUGAUUCAUGAUAACCAACCCGAUCUGGUUCUUUUCGUUGGGGAGGCGCUUGUCGGGAAUAACGGGGUCGAUCAGCUCCGCAAGUUUAACCAAUGCCUGGUCGAUUAUACCCCUGUCGGGAAGAACGUCCGCGGGAUUGACGGGAUCAUUCUCACGAAGUUUGAUACCGUCGACGAGAAAACCGGCGCGGCGUUGUCGAUGAUGUAUGAACUCGGGCAACCCAUCGUGUUUGUCGGGGUCGGGCAGACGUAUCAGGAUUUAAAGGUCCUCGACGCGGAUGUCGUGGUGAGCGCCCUCAUGUCGUAG